CUGAUCCAUCCGCAGCUCCCCCCUGGAGCUACCCUCAGAACAUACCCAGAACCUGAGGACUUCUCAACACCUCCACAACGGCCGUCAGCAUCUCUCUCCCGGAUUAAUACAGUGACUGGUCUCCCUGUUUCCACCCUCACCCCCUAGGGCUCCUGCUCCACGACGGGACCAUGGCCGGCCUGCAGGAGCUGCGAUUCCCCGAGGAGAAGCCACUGCUCCGGGGCCAGGACGCCACUGAGCUGGAGAAUUCCGACACCUUCCUCUUGGCUGUGGACACAGACUGGAAGUCGAGGCGGGUCGCCUCCCUCAGCAAGAUGCCGGAGUGCUGGGAUGGGGAGCACGACAUCGAGACGCCUUACGGCCUUCUGCACGUGGUGAUCCGGGGCUCCCCCAAGGGGAACCGCCCGGCCAUCCUCACCUACCAUGACGUGGGUCUCAACCACAAGCUGUGCUUCAAUACCUUCUUCAACUUCGAGGACAUGCAGGAGAUCACCAAGCACUUUGUGGUGUGUCACGUGGAUGCCCCCGGUCAGCAGGUGGGGGCCUCGCAGUUUCCUCAGGGGUACCAGUUCCCCUCCAUGGAGCAGCUAGCCGCCAUGCUCCCCAGUGUGGUGCAGCACUUUGGGUUCAAGUACGUGAUUGGCAUUGGCGUGGGAGCCGGAGCCUACGUGCUGGCCAAGUUUGCACUCAUCUUCCCCGACCUGGUGGAGGGGCUGGUGCUGAUAAACAUCGACCCCAACGGCAAAGGCUGGAUCGACUGGGCGGCCACCAAGCUCUCCAGCCUGACUAGCACUUUACCCGACACGGUGCUCUCCCACCUCUUCAGGCAGGAGGAGCUGGUGAGCAACACAGAGUUGGUGCAGAGCUACCGGCAGCAGAUCGGGAAUGUGGUGAACCAGGCCAACCUGCAGCUCUUCUGGAACAUGUACAACAGCCGCAGAGACCUGGACAUUAACAGGCCUGGAACAGUGCCCAACGCCAAGACGCUCCGCUGCCCUGUGAUGCUGGUGGUCGGGGAUAACGCACCUGCCGAGGAGGGGGUGGUUGAGUGCAACUCCAAACUGGAUCCAACCACCACGACCUUCCUGAAGAUGGCAGAUUCCGGGGGGCUCCCCCAGGUCACACAGCCCGGGAAGCUGACUGAAGCCUUCAAGUACUUCCUGCAAGGCAUGGGCUACAUUGCAUACUUGAAGGACCGAAGGCUGAGUGGAGGAGCAGUGCCCUCGGCCAGCAUGACCCGUCUCGCCCGCUCUCGAACCUCGUCCCUCACCAGUGCCAGCUCGGUGGACGGCAGCCGCCCGCAGGCCUGCACCCACUCAGAGAGCAGUGAGGGGCUGGGCCAGGUCAACCACACCAUGGAGGUGUCCUGUUGAAGCCCUUGGUCCCACGAAGAUGCUCACCUGCCCCCCAACCUGCAUCGACGUCCCACUGCCAUCCUUGUGCAGCUCAUUUCCCCUUUAGUUUAUUUUUGCGAGGGCGAAGGGGAGGAAAUGGGGUUACUUUUCUUUUGUUUAAAAAGAUGAGGGGAUCCGUCCUAGAUGCUGCAGUGGAACAGUCUCCAGAUGGUUUGAGGGGCUCACUCCUCCCCUACCCCCCUCCCCCCCUCACCUCAUUAACUUGGCUGACUUAGACCCUCUCUUCCAGUUUUCCAAGGCCCAGGCACAGUCAGGGCAGGGCUCCAGGGAAGAAGGAGAUUAGCUAAGGGAAGACUUUGAGUCCUUCUCUGGCCAGGAUCCAGGAUAAUAUGCUGGAUUAAAGAAAGCAUGGGUUGACCCCCUCAAGCAGGCAGGUUUGAAGGUGGGAUGGGGUUUUGAGACGGUAGGUGCUGGGACAGCAGGAACAGGGUCCAGCUCAGGCACUGGCAUGAGAACCAGGAGACAGCAGCAGGGAGCAUUCAGAGGCAGGAGCCCUGGAGCUCUGCAGGCCCCUUUCCCACCCCCAAGCCCCACCAUCAAGCACAUCUGUUUCUGAUUUUAGCACCCGUGACAAUCAUCUGAACAGUAGCCACAAGGGGGCGCUUCAACCAGACAGCAGUUUUCCUGGUGCUCUGUGGGUGGGCCUGGUGCUGUAGGGCCAGGCAGGUAGGGGCUGAAAGGGGUUUCUCUGCCCAAGGAAGACAGAACACAGAGGACCUUGAGGGCAGGAACCCCACAGACUGUCCCAGCCCACAGUCUGCCGCCUCCUGGCCCUGUCCCGUUUCUGAGCCAAGGCCCUGAGGCAGAAAGUCACCUGGUCCUCUGCCUCUAGGGAGCUGACUAGGGCUGAGGUUAAAGGCUGGGAUAGCCUUUGAGUGUUGGGUACGCCUCUGAGAACUUCGUGGUGACUGCCUUUGGAAGCCAGCAGGCAGUGGUGGCUCAGAGUUCCUAUAGAGUUCCCCCAGAGACCCCCUUUUCACCCCUAGGUUCCAUGGAGGACAACUUAAUCAGCAGCGGCAUGGCCAAGGCCACUGGAAGCAUUUCUAGGGAGAGUUCUAGUCAAGCUAUGCCAAUGUUUCACGUAGGCAUCACUGAGAGAGUUCAUUUGGAGAAAACUGGCCCAAGAUAGCAGGACUUGGCAGUCCCAAAUCACCAUCCUAGCCAUUUGGAGUAGGCUCAGGCUGGGGCUUGCUGGGUCCUGGGGUGGGAGGUAACGUUUCCUGAAAUGAACAAGGGCCAGGCAGAGAAGGAAGGCUCCCCACACACCCCAGCCCCUUCCAGCCAGCUGAAGCCCAGGGCUGUGCCAUAUACUUCCUGUUCAUCCACCUUACUGGGUAGAAUCUCCUGACCUAGGAACCAGAAGCCAUUUGUCUCUGAGCCUAAGUCAGUUGCCACAAGCCCUCAAAUGAGUAAAAAAGAGAAGAGGGGAGAGCAAUGAAAAAUGCAGGGCGGUGGAGGGUGGGUGGGUGUGUGUGGGGCUGAGGGGACACCUGCAUCCACAUUUCCUUGGCACACAUCACCCCCUUCUGUCAUCUUAAGCCAUUAUAGAGCCCAGUGGAGUGUCUGUUAGUUCUAUUCACUCACGUGCUUCCUUUGAAUAUAGAAUGUGACUGUUUGAAAAGCUGGUAGAAUUAAUCCCUUUUACUGUAGAUAGCGCUGUGAAUCUUGGAUUUUCUUUCCCAUGUUCUUUCAGAUGAGAUUUAUAAAUAUCUAUACAUUAUAUAUAUAUGUAUAUUGGGUACUCCGGCGUGUGGCUUUCCAUCGGAGGUUGUCUUCUUUGGUCAAAGUGAACUAUUAAUGGAAUUUGUUAUUUUCUUCUCUGUACAAAGUGAAGAGCCUACUUUUGUGUAUUCUGGUGCCUGAUGUCAUGAGACUUUGAGAUGACAAAAUGUAAAACAAAAACCCUUGUCAACGUAGAAAGAGUUAACUGUGCUGAAAAACUAAUAAAGAAACUAAGAAGAA